UCAUUAAAAUUCUUUUAUAGAUGGAUGUUGUAUUAGAGAUGGCUCGUUUAAUUGAUAACAAUCAGGCAGCAUCUUGUUUAUUCAAUGGAACCAUCUUACCUUUGAUGACUGAAGAUCUGAUCACAGAAAAACUCAUUUUUAAACUUCAUGACAUUGUUAUGUUAAGUGCAAUAAAUAUUGAUCUUGAUUAUGCAACUAAAGAUAAUUUUACUGAUGUUGCUAUCAGUAAAUUUAAUGGCCAAAUCACAGAAAAAGAAUUAGAGCCUUGGCAUGGAGCAAACAAUAAUGUAGAUAAAUUAUCAAGUUUGGAAGGAGAAAAUGAGGAUAAUAAUGGAUGGGAUGUAAAUGAUAUGUUUAAAACAAAUGCUGAAAAAUAUGGAGUGGUUUCUUCUUAUGACAACAGUCUUCAGGGAUAUACUGUCAAACUUGAACAUAAAAAUACUGACGAAUAUAAGCAAAAAGAAGCUGAAGCUCUUAGAAUAGCUCAAGAAAUUCAGUCAAGUCCUUUGUACCAAGCACGUUUAUCUGCUGAAAAUGGAGAUGAAGAAGAUCAGUUUAGCGCUGUAGUAAGACCAGAUAAAAGAAAUCCAAAGUAAGUUGUUUAUUUUAUAUGUAUUUGUAAA